GAAUAAUUUCACAGAAUAUUGAAAGUGAUGGUUUGGUCAUUUUGUUUUGAAGGUCCUGUAGCAUCAGCAUUAUGUAACAGAUUUUCAUACAGAUGGGUUGUUGUAGCAGGGGGAAUUGUUUUAGCUGUAUCCAUGGUGAUGUCGGCAUUCUCUUCCAACUUGUAUGUUUUGUUUGUCAGCUAUGGGGUUAUUGGAGGUAUCGGUAAGACUUUGGCUUACGGACCGGGUGUGGUAAUCGUAGGAAUGUAUUUUAGUCGAAGACGUGGUAUAGCAGUUGGUCUGGGUACCUCCGGUGUGGCACUAGGUGCCUUUGCUGUGCCAACUUUGGUUGAGUUCUCAUUUUCAGAAUACGGAUAUUUUGGAGCUUUUAUAAUCAUGACAGGAAUUGCUUUACAGUUGGUUGUGUGUGGAUUUCUAUUGCGCCCAUUAUCAUUACACAAACAGAUUACAGAAUAUGAUAGAAGAAAACUACAAAUAUUGAAGUGGAAUGAUGAUAAUAAGAGUCUCGUAUGUUUGGCUAAAUCACAAGAACAUGCUAAAACUUUACCAACGGAUACAGUGCACAGACCUAGUAAAAUAAUUGUUAAGGAUAGUAACCGUUUUGCUAAUGCCAGUCUGAAAGUCGAUGAGAAAAAUAAAGAAACAAAACAAAAUGGAAAGUUUUGUGACUUUUCUCUCUUAAGAAAUAAUCGUUUCAGUAGUUUAUGCGCAGCAGUUGUGCUUUUUAACGUUUCUUACCAGUCCAGCAUGAUAUUUCUUCCCGCGCUUUCAGUAAAAUUGGGAAUCGAUGAGUUUGAAUCGUUUCCGGUUGUAGUUGUCGGUAUUUGUGACGGCCUUGGGAGAAUCAUAUCAGGAUUUCUGUUUGACCGCAAGUGCAUAAAGCCUAUAAGAUGCUAUAUUUACAAUGCAGCGCUAUUCUGUUUGGGAGUUACGACAAUGUUUAUCCCGUUGGUUAGAAAUACCACACAAUUCGGUAUAGUAUGUGCUAUACUUGGAUUGUUCCUUGGAAACGGUGUAUCUCAGCAGUCAGUUGUUAUUGUUGAUAUCCUAGGAGAAGAAAACUUAUCUUGUGGUUUUGGAAUACUAAUACUGUUUCAAGGAAUAGGAACAUUUAUAGGUCCUCCUUUGUCUGGUUUACUAAAGGAUAUAAAUGGAUCGUACGAUUAUGCCUUUUAUUUAGGUGUUGUAUGUGCUAUCCUUGGUGCAGCUAUUUUUAUGGGAGCCAAUAUUGUGCAUUAUAAAUUGGAGAAAAAUAUGUACAGUAUAGAAUCAAAAGACGCUUUUAAUUGUCAUAAAUUAUAGAUCUUUAAGAAAUUGGUAGAAGAAAAUUGAAAUGUUUCUAAUGUAUUUAUUAUUUAUU